CUGUGAAACGUCCUCAAUAUCUGUGCUAGAUCGCAAUCCACGCCAUGGAUAAUGUGUGCAGGUUUUGCCUGGAACACAUAGUGCGCAAAAAAGCAACUUCAAUCGGCAACCAUCAAUUCAAAUCGAUGGUGCGACGAGUGUUCCCGUUCGAGAUCGACUACGACGAGAAAUUGCCAAUGAAGGUUUGCGGGAAAUGCUUCUCGGUAGUACGCGAGUUUCACUGGUACUCGCAGAAGGUGCAAGCUGUCCAAGAGCUCCUGGAACGACAGUUUUACACAACGGAGAACGAAUCUUCAUGCUCAGUGUCCCAAGCAGCCGUUGAUGACGAUAAUGCUGGUAAUCUUAGGGGAAGUGAUGAGCAAAUUGGUUUUGGCAAAUGUGACCACAAAACACCAACCGAGAAACUUUCCGAUGUAGUAAGUAUCUCUUCGGAGGAUACGCAAUACACCGAACAAGAUGCUGCCACUCCUGCUAAUCAUAUCGACAGCCGUCAUUGUUUAACGGAUUGCUCAGAUUCCUAUGAUUCGGAAAACGAUACCAACGAGAAGCCAGAAGGGCAAGAAACAGAGUCGAUGCAGUGCGAUGUAACGACAAACAACAAUCAAGAGUCCAUCACAGCAACCAUUCAUGAAUCACAAAACGAAAGAUUUCAUGCGGAAGUUGACAAACAGUCAGCAUCGGUUACGGCGGAUUGUCAGCGGAACGAGCUAUUGGCGUACAGUGCGCCACAAGCAACGGAAUACGAUCAGAGCGGUGAAACAAUGAACGACUACUUCCAAGGCCUUUCCGAGAUUGUGAUCAGCGACACUGCUGGUUGGUUUGAAGAUGUACAAAAUAUCAUCUGUGAAGAAGUGCCACUGUUGCAAGAAUUUGAGAUCUUCAACAGUGGCAGUUUUGCCGGGGCCGACAAAUCCGUUGUGCAAGAGACGAAACCGAAUGAGUCCUCGCAGCUUCACGAUCAACCAACAGUUGCACCAUAUCCAUGCGCUGCGGAUACUUUCCAGGUCGCGCAACAAACGGCCACACAUGCGAAGGUCGUGCACUAUAAGGAAGGCUUAAAUUCGAAGGAAUCGGAAGAAAUGGACUAUGGUUAUGAACAGAAAAGUAACGCAACAAUGGGCGUCAGUUUAGAAGAUCUGAAUCCAUCGGAUGGUACAGAACCCCUAAUAGAUUCGUCAAUGAACAAUCCGCAAGAAGAGAAUGAUCAAGCCCAAGAAUUACAUGAUGCAACCGAAUCUGUAGCAAGCGGAAUGUGCAACAUGGAUGCUACAGCAGCUGGUGCAUGCGUUGGCUCACAACAUCCUACAUACCUUACGAAACAUGACCGGACUAAUGGUCAUUUUAAAAGCCAGGAUGAUGGCUCCAAGGAUGAACAUAACCAUAGCGAUUUAAUCGACCAUGUACAGGAAGUGCCAUACGAGGAGGAAGUCUAUAGCGAGGAAGCAGCGAACCAGUCUCUCACCAUCGUUGAUCAUGCAACCGUACGAGAGGUUUCUACGAAACAAGAAUUGGGCAAAAUUCCGGUCGUAGCUAAAUCCGUUUUCGUCAACAACAGCAAUGCCCAACCCACGUCCAAUAAGACCCAAACAGUAGUGAUUUCUUCGUCGUCUUCUGGUUUCAUGGAUGCGUUUAGUAAGUUUGUUGAACAGCAGAAACCUCCAGUCGAAAGUUACAACAAUAGCAUUUCAAUACUCGAAUCAAAGAGACAGGCGACAGUGGCCUCGAUGUCGAGCAGUCAGCAAAAUCUUCCCACUAAGAAAACAACAUUAAAAAAAGAUAAUGAAAAGGCAUCCAACGAGCUAGACAAUGCUAUAGAGAAGUACUUCGACCUCCAAUGCGAACUGUGCCCCCAAAUUACCGAGGAAUGCUUUACCACCUUUGACAAACUAACGGCACACUUUCGAAAAGUACACGAUAUACGCGGGUAUGCGCGAUGCUGCGGCAAACAGUUCUUUUAUCGUCGCCAAUUGAUGGAUCACAUCGAUUAUCAUCGGGGUCUUCUGCGGUGUAGCGUUUGCGAUAGAAGCUUCACCACGAGAGCUGCCAUGAAGCAGCACGAGAACGUGUACCAUAAACCGACGAAAUUGCAGUUUCCGUGCACGGAGUGUAGGACGGUGUGCGACACCCAGAACGAAUUGUCAGUCCACAAGUCUUUGAUGCACAAUAGAGUACCUAGCGAGACGCAUGAGAACCAAGACCAAAGGACGAAGGAUUGCAAAACAUGCGGCGCAUCUUUCACCUCAGAACAGCAGCUGAAUAAUCACAUGAUGGUGCACUGUGGAAACGAGAACGAAACGAAACUCGCUAAUACCCGACCGUGUCUACAUUGUAGCAAAGUCUUUCGAACGGAGAAGCGCUUUAACUCGCAUAUGCUUCUGUAUCAUCCCAGGCACGUGUUCUCCUGCGAUCUUUGUAGCUUUUCGUCUCCCAAUAUGUCGUUGCUGCGGAAACACAAACUAAACAAGCAUGCAGCAAUCGUCUCAAGCCGCAGCAGAACGCUGAUGACACAAAGUGAACGCCGGUUAACGGGUGUUGUGUACGGUGGAAAGGCGCACAUAGGUAGUGGGUUCGUGGGAAGUGAAAACCUUCUGGCGUUACAUAGUCACCAGCAGCACCGCUCCGAUAAGACCGUCUACUCGAUAAACAGCAAUGAAGCGAAGAACGACGAUAAUAAAGCGACGGAAGCCUACUACUAAUGGGACGGGAUUGAUUGGAUACGUUUCAGCGUUUUUUUCAGUAACAUUAGCGUCAUGUUGAUAUAUUUUUAGCUAUAGAGCAACCUGGUGGUUCACAGUAGGCUCUUCUGUUCUGCCCCGAG